AUGUCGCGUCGUCCCUCCCAACUCUCAAUUUCUUCCCCCGGUCCUCUGCUCAAUGGCUCUGCUCAAGCAACACAGUCCCCCGUCACUCAAGAGGCCGCUCAACGUCCCUUGGUUGGGAAAUUAGCUGGCGAUUCGUCUGAAAUGGAUCCCGACAUGCUGUUCACGAAAUGCACUAUUGCCGAGGUGAAAAUCGCUAAGGAUAAGCUACGUGCGGAUGCGGAUGCGAAGCAGGAGGAGUUGAGACUAAUGGUUGGCGAGCGCUAUAGAGAUCUCCUCCAGGCUUCUACCUCGAUUGUAUCCAUUUCACACUCGUCAAACCGCGUUAUUGAAGCACUGGGAGAAGCCAAAGAUGCUAUUCUCUCUCAACGAGCACCACCACUACCACAGAGGGUAUCUUCUUAUGGGGGCGGUGACACUCAUCUUCACGCCCUCCAACUGCUCUCCGCUCACAUAAAACUCCUCCUUGACGCGCCGGAAUACCUUUGGCGACUUAUGGAACGCAAGAAAUACUUCACAGCUGCCUGGCUAUUUCUUUUGGCGCGUGUGGUGCAUCGGGCGCUGGAUAGGAAUGACGAGCAAGAGGAAUCAUGGAAAGCUGCAGGAAUUGAUGUCAAAGCGCAAUUUCCACUGAUACAGCGACAGUGGGAUACUGUUGCACCAUUGCGCGCCUCGAUUAGCCAUAGAGCGCUUGCUUCCCUGAGAGAGUCUUCUACUCCAUCUGCGGAAGUUUGUGCUGCGCUACUUACCUUGCAUCUUCUCGACUCGCGUCCGCUUUCCGAAACUCUCCCCACAUUUCUCAGUCAACGGUCAAAAACAUUCGCUUCUCUGUUAUUACGCGGGUCAGAAAACAGCUCGAAUUCUCCUCUUUCUCCGCCAAUACCACCACGUGCUAACGGUCACAUCCUUGACAAACGUCCACCUCGGAAAGGCUCCGUCAGGGAGGUAAAAGAAGCAGUCCAGACGGCUUUAAACACCGUAAUCAAAACCCUCGCUUCUUCUCGAGAUGUUUUCGAAGCAACGGAAUCAAGGUCGUCAAUGAUCCGGAGUGCUUUGGAGUACAUGCAAUCCGACAUUCCCAACUCCGAUUCUUUCAACUCUUUGCCACCAGACUUGCGAUUAACAACCCAAUCUCUGUUGGCCUCUCUUCCCUCAUCCACUCACUUCUUGUUGUUACCUGCCGACUUACGGACUUAUCGACCGUAUGCUGACCUCACCUCUGCAUCAACUGCAAUUGACCGCAACGCAUUCAAACGACUUAUUGGUGAUUGGUUCAAAGCCACAACUGAAAGCUUACAGUUGGCCAUAUCAAGAUGGUUUUUGGAGUUGCACACGGUAGCAGAGGUGUGGUCGCUUCGAGGGACAAUACGCCAAUGGAUUCUCGUUUCAGACCUUUUGCCGGACGAAAUAAAUGCAUUAUUGCGUCUCUUCGAUAAUGCGGCACAGAAACGGGUCCUUAGCAUCUGGAAUCUCGAACUGUCAGAUGCAGGAGACGCCUUCCAUAUGCAGCUCACAUCUGCCACGGCGUCGCUGCGAAAUGCUUCAACAGAGGACUCACAAGCUGCUUCGCCGAUACACUUCUUGUUCGACUCUCCUCCCCUCCCAGUACUGACUGGAUUUGGACCAAACGAUUCAUCAUUCCAAAAGUACAAAGCAUCUCUUUGCCGUCAGCUCCUUGGACGCACAGCUAUUUUGGACGGCGUGUUAAGCACUCUGGAAAACUGCGCAAGAUCGCUGCAACGGGAUUUAUCGCUAGUGCUAGGGGGAAAGGACGAAGAUUCACGGCUGAUUGCAUCCAAAUUAUCUGACGACUGUCGUUCCGACGCCGAAGAAGUCUGCAAGGCCGUGAUCGAGACUCUAUCUACUGCUGUUAGAGACCAGGAAAAGGACAACAGUGACCUUGCUGUCCAAUGUCUUGUGUUUAUCGGUCGCGUUGCAGACGAGCUGGCGUUUUCUUCGCCAUUUUUCACCGAUGUUGGUUGUGCUUCAUCUGUCGUACAAGAGAACAAGAUCCAACUCCAACAGCUUCAUGGACGAAUAACUGAUCGCUGGAGGACGAGCGUUGUUUCUCGGCUGAUCAAAAAACGGAAAGACUCGCUUCAUCCUCUCCCAAAGUCCUUGAUAUUUCGCCCCUCCGCUCCGUCGUCUAUUCUCCUCGAAACACUAUCGCACCUCUCAACUUCUCUACAAGAACUGGGAUUGUCAAGAUCGAAACAGGAUAUUGAAGCGGAGAAAACGCUGAGGCAUUUUAUCCAGGAAUGGGUGGUGGUGGACGGAACGGAAAGUGAAGGUCAGCGCUCAUGCGACAUUGGUUUCCUGCGGCGCCUGGCCGAUCUGAGGAUGCCAGAAUGGCAAGAUGUUUGCCAGCUCCUUGACAAGGAAGCUGAGCAACUGCAGAGGAAGAUUCAGAAGGAUGAGAGGACCGCGAACGGCAGUCAUGAUAGGUCUGACGACCAGCUCGCGAGCACCCAAACACUAUUCGCAGCUCUCUUGCCGUUACAGUCCCCAAUGCGAAUGCCGGAGGCGACUGACAAAUCUGCGGCACUUCUUCCGUUUGGCACCCCACUGGACCAACCGUUUGAGUCGUUGCUCGAGUUUGGGGACCAGUCGACGAGAUUUGGGAUGUUGCUUGUGGAAAUCGCGACGCAUUAA